AUGGAGUAUUUGGUCCGUUUCGCGCAAGUUCAUGAGUCUUUUAGGAGAUCGGAAAUCGAAGCCCUUGCCAUUGUGUCAAAUGUGGAUUUGGAGAUUGUUGAGUAUGACGAGGAAUCCCCCUUCUGUAUUAUAAAAGUGCCAGAUGAAAAAGCAGCUCGGGCGCUCGUCUCCCGUAGCGUAUUGGUAAAGUCUCUUUAUGAGCUAUGGGGCAAAGGCCAGAACUAUCAAGAGUUACAUGAAGAUGUCCGACGGCGCUCCGAGUCAAAAUGGCCUGAUUAUAGGACCUGCUCCUUCAAAUUUGACUUUGACUCGUAUGCUGGGAAGCGGACGUCCAAAGAGAAAAUUCCCCUGAUUCAGUCAUUUGGAUACAUGGCGUUUGAAGGGCCGAUCAUUAUGGCCGAUCCAGAUGAGACCUUUAUCAUCUUUGAAUUGUAUGACCAUCGCGUAGCUUCGUCUAGGGACAAGACGUCUCGGACUCCAAGUCCUCAGCCAGAGCCUUCAAAGUUAUAUUUUGGCAGGUGGCUAGCUAGCGGCAGCAGAGAUGUGAUGGACAAAUACGACUUAAAAAAGAGAAGUUAUAUUAGUACUACGUCUAUGGACGCCGAACUGAGCUUGGUCUCUGCCAACAUUACCCUCGCCGCCCCCGGAAAAGUGUUUUAUGAUCCUUUCGUUGGAACCGGAAGUUUCUGUGUCGCCGCAGCACAUUUUGGGGCCUUCACCUUUGGUUCGGAUAUUGAUGCGCGCAGCUUCAAAGGCCAAAAGGAGGAAGGAAGGCCCAUCGGCCUCGUGAGGAACAUGCUUCAAUAUGGCUUAGAGGCGAAUUACCUAGACGCCUUUACCUCCGAUUUGACAAACACUCCCUUUCGCAAUAUGCCAAUAUUUGAUGGGAUCAUAUGUGAUCCCCCGUACGGUAUACGUGAAGGAUUGAAAGUCCUUGGAACGAGAGAAGGAAAGAAUGUAGGACCUGUUUACGUGGAUGGGGUACCAACAUAUACCUUGGAGGGUUACAUUCCUCCUAAAAAGCCUUAUAGUUUUGAAGCCAUGUUGAACGAUAUUUUGGAGUUUGCAGCACAAACUCUUGUCCCCAACGGCCGGAUUUCUUUCUGGAUGCCUACUGCAAACGAUGAAGAUAUAGAACUUGCCAUCCCUUCCAAUCCACACUUGGAACUAGUUAGUGUUUGCGUCCAGCAGUUUAAUAAAUGUAUGGAUAGCCCUCCGAACACAUAUGCAGAAACUCCGAUCUAA